GUGUAGGGGAUUGAGGGGCGACCUUAUUGAGCUGUAUAAGAUCAUGAGGGGAUGGAUAAAGUGAAUGCUCAGUUUUUUCCCCCAAGGGUAGAUAAUUCUAAACCUACAGGGUAUAGACUUGAGGUGAGACGGGAAAGAUUUAAGAGGGACAUCGCAAGCUAUUUCUUCACUUGGGCUGCAGUCGGUAUCUGGAAAUAGUUGCCAGAGAAAGCUAUAGACCUGGAUACAAUUAUGAUUUCUAAAAUACAUUUGGACAUAUAUGUAUGGAUAUGAAGGGUUUAGAGGGAUAUGGGCCAAUUGCAGGCAAAUUGGAUUAGCCAGAAUGCCAAUUUAGUCGGCAUGCACAGAGUGGGUCGAAAGUCCUUUAUCGGUACUGUGUAACUUUGUUACAUGCUCAAACACUUUCGCAUACCUAACUUUCUUGCCAGAUUCAUUAGAUGCUAACCUAACAAAAUCCAAUCUGGUGAAUAAUCUGGCAUUUCGUUGUCUCUGUACUGUACACUGACAAUGACAAUUAAAGUUGAACCUGAAUCUGAAGAACAGAACCUGGCACAGUACAACUCGAGAACAGGCCUUCUGCCCACCAUAUCUGUGCCGAACAUGAUGGCAAGCAUGCAUAAAGCAAAUUUCAUAUGGGGUAUGUAUUUAUGACUGGUGGUACAAAUCAGCAGAGCACAUAUAUUUUUAUGUGAUAGUGACAAGUCUGGAGCCACUUACAAACUUAGGCUUAACCUUGCAUCAUCAGUGUGUAUCUGCUUUAUGCUAUUGGGGUAAAGAUUAUAUUUAGGAAUGAGGCACCAUAUCUCGGGGAUUGGAUGCCCUUAAAAAGAAUAGUUCCUAUAAAUUUAAAAGUAGAAACAUCAGCAGAAUCUGAAUACUGCUGAAUCUGUAUGUUUUAUUUGUGCCUUUCAGAUGUAAAAUAGACACUAUGCAUUACAGCUUUCUACCCACCAAUUUAUUGACAGCAAUGUCUGAUAAUUAUUUUUUUGUGAUUUCACAGGCUGGUUUCUUCUCUGUAGUGAUUAAUAUACAUAUAGGUGUACGGCUGACAAAACCACCCUGCUCACUGACUGCUCGCUAGUUCCCAUCAAUGAAAGCGUCAGGGUGUCUAAAUGUAUGUUUACAUAGAAUAAACUUGGUGUUUGACGUUGUGGCAGCAUUAAUCAUUUAGAUAAAAGCAGCUUUCUAUGUGAGAUUGGUUGAAAAUAAAUAAAAGGAGAUGAGUGGUUGCUGACAGCAGCUAGCUCCACCCUCUGUGUGUAACCCAGCCUCUUUCCACUUGGUGCUAUUUUUGGCUGCUUUGCUGUCUCACUUACAAAACGUACAAUUGAUAGAAGUUGUCGGAGAGGAGCUUUGCAUGAAAUGGGAAGAUAUUGUCAUUACUUGUAGGUUUCCCGGCGGACUAGCAAUCCUGUGAAAAGCGUGUUAUACAUUUUGGCCGGUGUUUACUUUGGAUGUCAGGAUCGUGUUGGUAGUAUAGAGUGUGACUAGAUGGUGUUUCGAACUUGCUGGAACUGUCCCGGAGGAGGAAUGUAUGAAGGGCUCCAAGUGGAUUUUUGAAGCUCGGAGGUGAGGAACAACUGCAAUCUGAAGAGCAGGACCCACUUUGACAUGGCAGGCUUGACACCUGUCAAUGGCCUGGACAUGGAUCCUGAAAUAGAACUGUUUGUCAAGGCUGGCAUUGAUGGAGAGAGUAUCGGUAAUUGCCCCUUUUCCCAGCGCCUCUUUAUGAUUCUCUGGCUGAAAGGUGUUGUGUUCAACGUCACGACAGUGGACGUGAAGAGGAAACCAGCUGAUCUACAUAACCUAGCCCCUGGUACUCACCCUCCAUUCCUGACCUUUAAUGGAGAGGUUAAGACUGAUGUCAAUAAAAUUGAAGAAUUCUUGGAGGAGACCUUGUGUCCACCAAAGUAUCCCAAGCUUGCUGCUAAGGAACAUAACUCUAAUACGGCUGGAAUUGACAUCUUUGCAAAGUUUUCAGCAUUCAUUAAAAACACAAGGCUUAAUGCUAAUGACGGUCUUGCACGAAAUCUGAUCAAAGCCUUGAAGAUGUUGAAUGAAUACUUGAAUUCUCCAUUGCCUGAAGAGAUUGAUGCUGACAGUGUUGAUGAAGUGACUGUGUCUCGUCGCAAAUUCCUUGAUGGUGAUGAACUAACAUUGGCUGAUUGUAAUCUUCUACCCAAGCUGCAUAUCAUGAAGGUUGUGGCAAAGAAAUAUCGAAACUUUGAGAUCCCGACGGAAAUGACUGGAGUCUGGCGAUACCUGAAUAUUGCCUAUGCUAGGGAUGAGUUCACCAACACAUGCGCUGCAGACAGUGAAAUUGAAGCUGCUUAUGCAGAUGUGGCAAGACGGCUUUCAAAAUCCUAAAUCAGUGAGGAGUCAUUGCAAAUCGGCACUAAUGACCCAAGACUCUUUUUAUUUGCCUUGCUUUUUAAACCUAUAGCAUUUCAGCUGUGUUCAUUUUAGUUGGUUUUAUGCUUGUAAAUAAGAAAUGCAUCUGAUUACUAUGGAUAUUUUUUUCCCUGUAUUAAUCAAAGCCCAAUGUUUUUUUUGUUUUGUUUGGAGUAUAUUGCUUUUCAUUAGAAUUGUAUGUGACCUAAUAAGAACUUCAAAUGAGUGGAUUUGUUCCAAAACUAGAAUCGUCUUUCUUUUGGGAUUUCACAAGUGCUGCAAGUUGUAUCAAUAUUCCCAGCCACAGUGAUUCCAUUUCAUUUCCCUCCAACACAAGAAUUAUUGAGUUUGAACCAUAAAACUCAGCUUGUUGGUCAUUUGUGAAGGCUGGUUGAGGAACUGAAUUAGAUUCACAGGGGACUGACUGUCUUUCCUCAGUUGCCCAUACUAAUCUCAAGCAGUUCAACUUCAAGCUAGCAGUGUUAAAGUUCAAUUACUUUGCGCCCAACUGAUUGUAACUUUCUUUUGUGAUAGCCUAGACGUCAAUCAGAAUAUCAUAAAUUCUUGCAUUGUAGUACUUUAAUUGUAUCUGAGAGCCAAUCAAUCUCAAAUCAGAUAUGAACACACAAGAAGAGAUUCUUGAACACCAAACUAAUCAGUUAUACUUUUGUACGCAGUUACUGUUUCAUAAGGGAUGGUAUACUUGAUCUACAUUGUCAAUAAUAUUAUAGGAUGAUGGUUUCUCGUAUAAAGGUGUCUCAUUGACUUUUAUUUUUGUUCUCUGUUUUGUUAUUUUUUUAAUCUUUUGACUUUUAACCAUGUAGUUAAAAUAAAAUGAGGACUGACUUUACUUCAAAUAAAGUAAACUCAUGAACUCACAGAACCCCUUUAUUAACAAAAGUUGAUUUUCAGACAAUGUCCAAGGAAAGUGUUUUGCAAAGGAAAAAUAAUACUUUGCAUAAUUUAUUUUAAGAAUUUGAGAUCCUGUGAAAAUAAUUUGAAUGAGAAAUGUUUUGCAGGUAAAAUUAUGCAGAACUGUGAUCUAAAUUUAUGAAUUCUCAUUGUGUAUAGUAUUAAUAUUUAAUGUGAUUUACUGUGUGACAUUUUUGUCCAUAAUUUUACUGGAGCAGAAAAACUGCUGUAAUCCACAGCAGGCAUCAUCCCAAUUUUUCUUAUCAUUGACUGUCAGUUGCAUCACAGCCCCUUAUGACAUUGAAAGGGUGGCACUGAAAUGUGCAAAUACUAAAUUUCAAAAGUGUGGCAGGUUAUCUUAUCACAUUUAUCAGGAGGGAUUCAAGCAGCUGGUUCGGAUUGAUUUUAAAAUAUGAAGUUAUAGUAAGCAAAUGAAAAUUAACACAAUAUAGAUACUAUAAUGUAUCACUGCACUACAGUACUUUAGGUAAUGAAAAUAUGCCCCAAAGGAACUCGCAAAUCGCCACCAAAUAAAAUUGAGAAGUGGAAUAAAAAUUCACACUAGCCGAAUUUAUGUGAGGGGGGAAAAAAACUAAAGAAACAACAAUUUUCAUUAAGGAUCUGUUAUGGAAAUUUGCAAUAUAGCUAGUUUUCUGGGGGGAUACUGCAAAUCUGUUGAAUGAAAUGAAGAAGCAUCUUGCUCAUAAGAAAGGUAAAACACAAAUGGUUAAAUUGCGCCCUCUGGUGUUGCUUCUGAAAAUUGACAAAAGUUUUUGUGUAAUAUAGAAACAUAAAAAAUAGUUGCAGGAGUAGGCCAUUCGGCCCUUCAAGCCUGCACCGCCAUUCAAUAUGAUCAUGGCUGAUCAUCCAAACACAGUAACCCGUUCCUGCUUUCUCCCAAUAUCCCUUGAAUAUUGAAUCAAAUGGUGCUUGUUAAUUUAACUUCCCUUUGAUUGUUUACAUUCUUUUAACCUUACCAGGAUGAAGUAUUGAAAUUGUGAGCUGCAUAGAAAGGGAAAAUGUAUCUAACUCCUGGUAGGCUGGCCUAGCGACACUUUUUUCACAUUAAGCGUAAAUUAGUGAAUUCGCUGUCACGAUGGGUACCAUGAGUCGGCAAGCAGAGAGUUUAGAUUUUGAUUCGCUUUACCCCCCCCCCCCACACAUGGGGACAUUGACAGUUAAUGAGUUGGCAGCUGUUAUCAAGUCAUCCAGUGGCCCAUUUUUGGUUAGUUCAAUAGAUGGGGAUAAUGAAGAUUAGCACAAGUAUACUUUGCCCCUUGCAAAUUCUUCCUGAUAUUAGCAGAGUACAGAAUUUGGUAUAAUGUAGGGAGGGAAUUAAACUCUAUUUUACUGUGUGUUGUCAAAUAUACAAAUAUUGUACCAGCCAUUUUAUAUUUGCAUUAUUUUAAUUGCUUCCUGAAAGAACUAAGAUAGGCAUGAGACAUGAUUAAUCAGCUCAAGUUAAAUUUCUUUCUUUUUUGAAACAUGCAUGUAAAUUUUUCUAUUAUUUAAUAAAUUUGUUUUAUUUCCAUAAAUUAGUAGGCGAAUUCCUCUGAGAACUAAUUUCAUUAAUCACUCGGUGUUGUAUUUUUGCUAGACACUUUUAGAAAAAAAUGUUUUUUUCAGGUAAUAUUGAGCUGUCACCAAAUAAAGGUUAGAGGGAACUAUUUGGAGGUUUUCCUGUUUGCAUUAGCUGGGAUUCUUGUGUUAUUUGGGAAUACACAGAAGGGUAACAGUAAGAAAGGCUGGUGAGAGGCACCAAAUACAAGGCUGGAAUUUCAUAAAUCAAAUUCCUUCCUGAAUCGCCCUCCCCCCCCACAAAGAUGUCUGCCUGCAAAAUCAGCCGAAUGACUUGAGGCCAUCUCCCUUGUAAACCUGCAGGAUGCUUCCUUCCCAGGGAUAUAGCAAGUUAGCAACACCAUUAGAAGUGUUUGAAGUGAGCAUUUCAUUAUAUUACUUUGGGUGGCCUCAACCUCUAUGUUAACAGCUACUGAAACAAGAGGGAAUGCUGCUCGUGUAUAAUCAAAACUGGCAAUAUCAUUACAAAUCUUAGAAAUAAAUACAAAUCUAUUUAAUAUUAUCUAAUUGUUCAGUAACCCAACAAUGAAGUGUAUAACAUGAAACAAAUCUAUCUUUCACUUUCAUGUGCUUUAUGUACAUACAGCACCAUCUAUUUGUAGGCAGGUGUUGUAAACAUUGAAAACUUAACGGUCCACUGUUUUUGUCAUAACACCAACUGGAGAGCAGACAACCCUGGUGAUGGGAAAUGCCAUUUAUUUGACUGCCAUCUUUCGUUGAUAAUUAAUGUAGUUUCAGCAGGUUGAUUGCCAAGACUGAGAACUGAUUGUGAGUAUUUCUCUUUGAAGGGUAAAGAAAGAAUUGGGAGAUUUUAAAAUUGUGAACGGUCUUGGUGGAGGAAAAGGAGUUUCCUCUGGUUGGGGAGUUGGCCAAGAUCAUUAGGUUAAAAAUUGCUACCAAGAAAGUGAGUAGAAAAAUUAGGAGAAAUGUCUGAACAAUGGGAAUUGUUCAGGAUGUGAAUGUUUGCCACAGAAAGCAAUUGUAAAUAUUGUAAGGUCCAAAAUGGAGAAGUAGGAUUAAUGGGGUGCGAGUGGGGAACAAGAUCAGUUUUGGGGUUAUUCAAGUAAAGACUAUAAGGGAUUCAUUGGUUGCCUGUUAUAGUAAAUUUAUAUGGUUCAUCAAUUUGUCAGCUGUAAAAGGUUUACCUGUCCCUGUCACUGCUUUGUCCUGUGCAACUCCCAUGUGAAGCACAAACUAUAGGUUUAUCUUUACAGUGUAUUGACACUAAAAACAAACAGUUUAGUUUUAGAAUAAAAAUCAGAAAUGGCCACUCAAAUUUAGUUAGCUACAAAACUGAUGAAGUGAAACUUUGCAUUGGGGGCUAAGUGUGUAAACUCAUUUUAAUUUACUUAGAGUUAAGUGAUGCAAUCAAGACAUGAUGAAGGCCUUUUUCAUUUCUCGUUGAUUACAUAAUUAGUACUUUUCAUAUCUGGAAAUUUUAAGUGAUUAUAAAUUAUGACUUGUCAUUUUACAGCAGAACACAGACUAUCAAAAGUUUCCCAUUGUUAGUUUGAGAUGUGUACAAGUGUUUUAUGUACAAGUGUAUGGCUUUGUAGGCUGUUUGAGAAUCUGAACACCGAAUGUACAAUGACGAAACCACUGGAUAAAGCUAGAUGCUGAAGUGAUUUAAUUUUUUGCUCUGAUUAUUUGCACUGGUUAGAUAAUUGUGCCGCAGUCUUGACUGGCAGCUGCUAAAGAAAUAAAAUUGUAUAUUUUCACAUUUAAUUGAAAUUGUUGUCUUUG